AUGUGUUUUGAUGCAUGGCAUGGUCUUGAUGGCCGAAAUCGAUCUGUUAGGCAUCAUUUUUACUUUGGUUUCCUACGGUUAUUGGCUCAUGUUGAAAUAGUUUCUUGGGAGAUAUACAUACUGUUGGUGAGAUUGAAACCAAACGUAUCGAAUCAGUGCAUGAAAGUUGCCCUUACUUUGUUCGGAGAGAAAGGUGAUCACAAGAAACCCCGGUCUAGCGGUGUCAGUGGUGAUGAGAUGGAAAAAGAGAAGGAUGUUGAAACCCUGCUAAAAGAUUUGGCCAAUUACAAGGUGCAAAUGGCAGCGAAGGAUUCCGCCUACUCGCAGCUGCUACUUAAGCUAGAGCAUUAUCAGAAAUCUUCUGAGGAACUCUCCCUACUGUUGAAGAAAUCUGAGGUUGAGAGAGACGUAUACUGUGAAGAUUGUAGAGAAGCUAGGACUCGGAUACAUGAACUUGAGGCCAAGGUAAAGGAGAUGACUGAUGAACUUUUAGAAACUGGAAAAAUACGGGAGAAGCUUACUCAUGUUUUGAGUGAAUUGAAGUCUACAGAGGAAGAGAUACUUGGAAUGGAAACACAACUUGCUACUGCAAGGGAAGUGAAUCUCAAGGCACUGGCAGAAGCAGAGCUGAUGGCAACUGCAGCAAACAUGGAAAAGAAAAGAUCUGAAGAACUGGUAAAGCAUGUCGCUGAGCUCAAUGAAGCUAUUCUUGUGUCAAAGCUUGCUUCCUUUGAAGCUGAAAAAGAGAAGUGCAUGGUUUUAUCUGAUAAAGAUGCUCGGUUAGAGUCAGCAAUGGAAAUGGCUGCUCAAGCACAAGAGCAGGUGGAAGACAUGAAAAAGCGAUUGGAAAUAAUGCAAGAAUUGGAAAAUCAGCUGCUAGCCAAAUCUGUACUUGUUGAUUCGCUACAGGCGGAACUCAAUCAAGCAUCUGAACUACUUAGUUCAUCUAAUAAAACUGUUUCGGAUGCUGUAAAAGAUUUGAAUCAGCUAAACGUGGAUUUGAUAGUCAAGGAAAGAGAUAAUUCCGAUCAUACAUUUUACUUUGGGGCAUUGGAAACUGAAUUGAAUCAGUUAGAAGCAGAACUAAAGAAUGAAAAUGAAGAGGCAAGCCAUUUGAGUCGUAACAUGGAAAUCCUCAUGGAUGAGCUACAGGAAGCAAAAACCAAAAUAUAUGAAAUUAAAGAAAGAGAGAAAGAAGCACAGAUUGAGAUUGCAGUGCUAAAAUCUGAGCUUCAUAAAGGAAGGUCUGAACUUUCAGCAGCUGAAGCAAGGUCUGGGAGUGUAAAACCCGGAUUAUAUCUUGCCGUUCAGCAGCUAGCAGUCGAAGCUGAAGCAGCAGAGAGGGAAAAUCAAAGGUUAAAAGGAUUAGAUAAGGUAACUGAGGAAUCUGAAGACUUUGGGCUCAUGCACACUGAUCAAUAUGAAAAGUACUCAUGUCAAGACGUAGACGCUUUUCAGAAAAAUGAGUCAAAUGCAGAAUCUGUGAAGAGAAGAAAUGAGAAUGAUGGAAAUAUAACAAUUUCACUUGAAGAAUACGAGUUCUUGAUCAGGAAAGCUGAGAAGGCCGGUGAAUUCUUAAGAAGAGAAUCUUCCAAUAUGUCCAUCACAUCCAUCACAUCUGAAAAUAAGUACGAAUCACAACUUCUAAAGAAAGAGUUGGAGAUUGCAAUUGUGAAAAAUAGGGAGUUGAGGACUAGGUUAGAACAGGCUGUUACAAGGGCUGAAGCCGCUGAAAAAGCUAAAACAAUACUCGAAGAUCAACAAAAGAGGCGUCAAGAACAAAAGCAGAGGAUAAAGGCAGCUAUAGUGGGGCUUCACGAGGAAUCUACAUCAAGAGAGUUCAGUUCUUCGACAUAUGGGAGUGCACCCAAAGAAUAUCAGCCACUGGGUAAGGUUCUUAACAUGAAAUUCUAG